AUGCUGCGACGGUCUGCGCAUGGCCCCCCUUGGGGAGUGGCGCGAUCUUCUGUCGCGAUAACACCCCGAAACGGAUCGCAAAAAUUCUAUAUCAGAAACACUGAGUUUACCUCACACGUACAUACAGCAGCGCAAAACGAACGGAAGAGCAUCAAGUCACUCUCUGUACCCUCCACUGCGAGAUUCAACGAGAUCGGCGUCCAACAGCUCAGCGACCACGUACACUCUCAAAUAUUCCUGAAUAAACCAACUCCCCCGGAUCAAAAGCUUGUUGCUUUAUCGAAAGACCACUUGUCUCGUCAUGAAUUGCUCGGCAAAUCCCAAGAGGCCGCGGAGCCUAUCGCAUUCGAUUUUCCACCCCUGGUCGGGCAGACUUUGGACGAACAUUUCCAUAAAUUGGCUAUGGAUGCAUCGGAGCCGUAUCUCAGCAUCGCUAAGUCUUACGCAACGAUAAACGCGCCACAGAUGCCACGGAAAUGGGCAAGACGAAGUGGGUGGACUAAGUAUAAUAGCGAUGGCUCGUGGGAAGCAGUCGAUGCGCCUGACGAAUCUGCCUUGACCUUUGAUACGGAAGUUCUGUAUAAACAGAGCCCGUUUGCUGUCAUGGCAUGUGCAGUCAGCCCUACAGCAUGGUACGCCUGGCUUUCGCCGUGGCUGCUUGGCGAAUCAGAGAAUGAUCGCCAUUUGGUGCCUUUAGGUGAUAUGUUUAAGCCGAGAAUCAUCGUCGGACACAACAUUGGUUACGAUCGAGCACGAGUACAGGAGGAAUACAAUAUCAAACAGUCGCGCAACUUCUUUGUGGAUACCAUGUCUCUUCACGUGGCAGUUAACGGAAUGUGCUCUCAGCAGCGCCCAACCUGGAUGCGACAUAAGAAGAAUAGAGACCUGAGAGAUAAGGUUGCGAAUGAUAAUAAUGCUGUUGAAUUGUCGGCGUUGCUUGAGAGCAAAAUGCUCAGCGAAGAAGAGGAGGAGUUAUGGGUUGGAAGAAGCUCGGUUAACUCGCUACGAGAUGUCGCCAAAUUCCAUUGCGAUGUGACAAUCGACAAAUCGCAAAGAGAUUACUUUGGAGAAUUGGACAAGGACGGAAUUCUGAGCCGGUUGGACGAGCUUCUGGACUAUUGUGCCGCUGAUGUUGCAAUCACUCACCGAGUCUAUAAGAAGGUUUUCCCCAAUUUUCUCGAGGUAUGUCCUCAUCCUGUCAGUUUUGGUGCCUUGCGCCAUCUUUCAUCAGUCAUCCUGCCGGUCAACGAAACCUGGGAGCAAUAUCUCCAAAAUGCCGAAAACACGUACCACAAACGUCUCGACGAUGUUCAGAAACGUCUGCUUGUGCUUUGUGAUGAAGCGCUGAAAAUCAAAGGUGAUCCUGAACAAUACCAGAAUGAUCCAUGGCUACGUCAGUUGGAUUGGUCUGGUCAAGAAAUCAAAAUGGUCAAAGGUAAAAAGAAAGGAGACCCUCCUCGUCCAGCAGCAAGGCAGAAAAAACCCGGCAUGCCGAAGUGGUAUAAAGAUCUUUUUCCUACCAGCAACGCCGAUAUCAGUCUCACAGUUAGAACCCGGAUUGCACCAAUUUUGCUAAAGUUGUCGUGGGACGGUCAUCCACUUAUAUGGUCUGAUAAAUUCGGUUGGACUUUCAGAGUUACGCUAAAGGAGGCUCUCGAUUAUCAAAAUCAGCCGGUCACUCAAUGUGAUAUGAACGAAGAAACGAACUUGGAACUUCGAGACGACACAAAACACAUUUAUUAUAAGCUACCGCACAAGGAUGGACCGCAGGCUCGGUGCAUCAAUCCCCUAGCCAAAGGCUAUCUUACAUAUUUUGAGCGGGGUACAUUGUCAUCAAAAUUUGCGCUCGCCAAGGAGGCCUUGGAGAUGAAUGCGUCGUGUUCAUACUGGAUCAGUGCUCGCGACAGGAUCAUGAGUCAGUUGGUCGUAUAUGAAGAUGAUUUGAAGCACCGAAAGACGUCCAAGAAGGAUCUCGGUUUCAUUCUCCCUCAGAUCAUCCCGAUGGGUACCAUCACCCGCCGUGCCGUGGAAAAUACGUGGCUCACUGCCAGCAAUGCCAAGGGUAACCGCGUUGGUUCUGAAUUGAAGGCGAUGAUAAAGGCCCCGCCAGGGUAUGUGUUUGUUGGCGCCGAUGUUGAUUCUCAAGAGUUAUGGAUCGCCAGUCUGGUCGGUGAUGCACAAUUUCAGCUCCAUGGAGGCAAUGCCAUUGGUUUUAUGACCCUGGAGGGUUCCAAAGCAGCUGGGACCGACCUGCAUUCACGAACUGCGUCCAUCCUCGGCAUCUCUAGAAAUGAUGCCAAGGUCUUUAAUUAUGGACGUAUAUACGGCGCUGGGCUGAAGUUUGCUUCUACUUUGCUUCGCCAGUUCAAUCCUACCCUAACUGAAAAAGAGACCAGUCAGAUCGCUUCAAAGUUAUAUAAAGAAACCAAAGGGACCCGUACCACACGCAAGCUUCUUAAUGACGGACCCUUCUGGCGCGGUGGUACCGAGUCAUUUGUUUUUAAUAAGUUGGAAGAGUUUGCUGAGCAGGAACGACCACGCACUCCAGCGUUGGGCGCUGGUAUCACUGAAGCACUCAUGCGUCGCUUCAUCAACAAGGGUAGUUUCAUGACAUCGCGAAUCAAUUGGGCCAUUCAGUCCUCUGGCGUUGAUUAUUUGCAUCUCUUGAUUACGGCUAUGGACUUCCUCAUUCGACGCUUUAACAUCGAUGCUCGAUUGGCUAUUACCGUGCAUGACGAGAUUCGUUAUCUUGUUAAGGAGGAGGAUAAAUACCGUUCUGCGAUGGCUUUACAAAUUGCGAAUGUCUGGACCCGUGCCAUGUUCUCGCAGCAAGUUGGCAUUGACGAUCUUCCACAAUCAUGUGCAUUUUUCUCAGCCGUCGACAUCGAUCACGUUCUCCGCAAAGAAGUGAACAUGGACUGCGUGACACCAUCUCAUCCGACCAAGAUUCCGCACGGAGAAAGUCUCGAUAUCAAUCAGCUCAUAGAGAAGGGAGAGAGUGCAUACCUCGACCCUUCGAUCAAACCGACUUUGCCUCCUAGCCCUGAUAACUAUCCAUACACGCCCAGAAAAUCAGUCAUGUCGGCUCUUACAUCUUCCAACGACAUUGCUUUCAUCCAAGCUCAGAUUACCAACGAUGACAAGGAGCUGCGUGACAUCAUCAAGGAAAAAUCAGCAACCAUCACAAAGACCAAAGUCUCAAACCGUCAAAGAACUGUGCCGAMCCCUGUAGGCGAGCCACAGCGAGCUUUGCUCAUGGAAGACUGGAACAGCUAUAAUCGCCAACAUUAUCCCAGCAGUUCGAGACAAACCCCCUUUCCCUUCUCAAAGAACUCAUUCAAGCCUCGCCCGACAGUGCGUGCGUAA